GCAGGUCGACGGUCAAUUGGUUGCUAAGCGCUGUCGGAAGCUUUCAACCUUUUUAAUUUUGUGUAGUGCUGGUGGUUAUUUUUUUGGAUAACGCUAAAGAAGAGAAGAGCGGAACAGGACAGCCCGACCCUGACGACCGAUGACAGAAAGUGACGGAGGUCAAGUUCUUACCUCAGUGAAGCAGCGCUAACAAAACGGGGAUAAGUAAGUUUCAAUGCCACUGAAUGCAAAUUAUUUGAGAAUCAUGGACCAUGAGACUAUAGUUCUGGAAGCCCUGGACUUGUUUUGCAACAGCCCGGAACAAACAUAUGAAGAAUUUCUUAAUUCAUUUACUCACUUAUCUAUAGGAAAGGAUCAAAAGGACAGAGGAGCCAUAGAAAUAAUGUCUGAUGGCAAAAUGAAAGGCAUAGCUGAAGGAUCUCUUGUUACAAUUAGUUCAGCACAUGAGGUGUCAGAGAGCCAACCCGACUGUGAUGAGGUUUUACUUGAUUCUGGAGUCCAUACUGGAUGUCUUUCAAAUGGAGAUUUGAUCAUGGCUGAAAAUGUUAAGGUGGACAACUACGUAGAUCCAGAUGGCAGUAGCAGUGAUGAUGAAGAUGAUUUUGUCUUGCAAGCAGGUCGUAUGCUACUGCCAGGAGAAGUAGAAGAUAAUAGACAACCAUACCUGCCUUCAUUUGUACACCAUACCCAACUUGAGAUUUGUACAUCAGACUCUGAGCACAAGCAGGCAGCGUCAUCCACAGAGGUAGAGACAGACGACGUUCAGUCGUUUUGCUUGGAUGAAAGUUUUGACUACGAUUCUGUUUUGCUUUCAAGUAAGUAUUCCCCGGGAGAGCUGUGGAGAUCAUAGCUUAAGAAGAACCACUGAUGACUUACAGGAUGUAAAAGGACUUGAGCAAAUGGGGGAUAUGACCAAGAGACCAAAAAAAGAGAGAGAAUGUUUAAUCAAGAGACAAACAAACUCAACAUCAUGAAGACAUGUCAAGUCAUAACUGUGAGUCAUCAGAGGGGACAGGACAUGAAAGAAGUCAUUGUUCUAAACAGUUCAAAUUAGACAAUAUUACCUGCUAUCCCACCUGAGCCUUCCGCUUUGUAUCGACUGUGACCAGUACAGGAUGUUGCAGCACCUCAAGCCCUAGACACAACCACAUCAGCACAAGUCCCGGGUUCAAAUAAAAGGCUUAUUAUAAUAA